UUUCAUUUUAUUUUUUACUUUUUUUUAUCCACCUUACUACCAGAAGGCAGUAUUGCUAUUUAUUCGGCCACAUCACGCGGGCGAGUGCAGCUCAUCUAUGGAGGCCAGCCAUUCAUCUUUGAGAAGAUCUUGAAACUGGCCACUGGAGAGGAGAAGAAAUUUUGGCGUUGUAACCAAUGGUGGAACCAAAAGUGUCGCUCACGUGUCUAUACCAUCAAUGAUAUCGUUAUGCCGCUUAAUCGCUAUCAUACGCACGAAGAGAUCGUACGACGGAAGAAACGUACGCGAAGAGUACCGACUGGUGACACUGCUUCUGCGAUUAAAAAAGAUAAGAAAAUAUCUAUGGCAGUAGUCGAAAAUGCAAGCGCAGAUGCAGUAGUCAAUACUGCACCGGAUCCCAUUGAUGUUUCCGAUUUAGGAAUGCAUUUAAAAUAUGAGGAAAUUGUGGCCGACGUCACUGAAAUAGUUGAACCUAGUAUCAUUGUGAAGAAAGAUUUGAAGAAAUAAUUUUUGAAGUAUGUACGUAAACAAGCGGCUGCACCAACAUAUUAUAUACAUAUUAUUAAAAUUUUAUUGUUUAUAAACAUAUUAUAUAUUGCUUUUAUAUAAUUUUCGUGUUGCCGCAUUUAUUU